GUCCUCGGUGUCACAUUGACCUCGCGUGUGUUUCUUGUUUCACCGCAUCGACCCGGGCUUUAAAUCGAACGCACCUCUAAGAAAAAUGCGAGCGUUUCCAUUGGCUGCGGUGAAGCAGAAAUAUCAGAGUCAUUACAAUCAGCUGUGAGAGGGAGACACGGAGGGAGACUUUUAUCCGACCGUCCUGCACAAUUAAACCACAGUGUUCAGAUCCAGACAUGGACCGUGUCCUGAUCCGACGCCUCCACCUCCUGCUGAUGUUCAUCCUUCUGCUCUGUCGCUGUCCGUCCGUCAGCGGCUUGUUUGAGUGGCUGAGGAAAACCGAGUCUCCUCCGGCAUCACCUCCUCCUCCUCCUCCUCCUUCUUCUCCUCCUCCUCCAGCGCUCCUAGCAAAGGAUGCUCGGUUUGAGAUGGCGACUGCAGACGAGAAGUUCUUGGCCGAGGCGAAGCAGAUGGAGCUCAGCCCGUUGGACGGCUGCCACCACAGGGUGGUUUCCCAGCUAAAGUCGAGCUGCGACAGCCUCUCGGAGGAAAAGCUCGCGAAGCUCGGGGUGGUUCUGUUUAACUGCCAGGCAGAAACUGAGGGACGCCGGACCUUCUCAUGCACAGAGGAAAUGUCUCUCAAAGAGUGCACGGCCGACAUGGAUCCGGACACGUGGAACGCCUACCACAUAGUGAGCAACCGAGCGCGCUCCGUGUGCUACGCCACCCGCCAGCAGCUUUUCCGGCGCAGAGCGGAGCACACGGUGAACGCCCUGAUCUCCACCGCCACCAGCCAGCUGGACGCCAUGAAGGACCUGAAGGAGGGUCAGCUGGAGUUGAAGGAACUGACCUCGGCCUCGCUGGACAAGCUGGUGGAGGGUCACAGCGCUCUGCAGGCUCAGCAGGGGAAACUGUACGAGGGCCAGGAGCAAAUGGAGAGUUCGCUGAGGGACAACCUGCAGCGCCUGGGCCAGGAAAAGGCUCUGAUCGCCUCUGGACAGGAGCUGGUGGCUCAGCUCAUUCAGGGCAUCACCAAGAGGAUGGAGAAUGUGAGCGAGCAUCUGCAGAUCCACGGCUCCGAGGUGCAGGAGAGUCACAGCGAGAUCGUCAGAGACCUGGCAGACGUCCGCCACCAGGCUCAGGACAUCUACCACAAGAUCGACCACAGCAUGUCGGAGUUCCUCCAGUACCAGGACCAGACCUCGCAGUACUACUCGGACCUGAUGAGUAAACUGGAGCGAAUGAACAGCACCCUGGGCUUCAUGCUGCACUACAUCGACAACAUGCAGAGCCGGAUAGAGGAGAGGUUUCACAUGAUCCAGGGCUACCUGGGCUGGGCAGGUCUGAGUCUAACAGCCAUGUGGACGUGCGUCGCCCACGCCUGCUACUUCGUGCUUUGCGCCGUCCUGCUGACGUUCCUGCGCUGCCCGGGCUUCACUCGAGCCGCGCUGCUGCUCACGGUUCCUCUGAACGCGGUGGCCGAGGUCAACCAGCAGCCGGCGCUGGACCUGUCCGGCCUCAGCCUCCUGCUGCUCGCCUCCUCUCUGGGUCACUGGUUCGUGUGUCGGCUGUGGGCGUGUUUCCAGAGGACGGGGAAGGCGGCGGCGGCGGCGGCUACGCUACCGCUCGGUCCGUGCAACGUUGUGGAGCCACAGAAGGAGUCGUCGAGCCACUCGUAUCCAGCUUCUUCUACACCUCAGAAGGACAAAAAAGACGACAUCGUGGACCAAGACGACCUCUUGAAUCAGGACAGUUUCUUAUCAGGCGACUUGUGCAUAUCAGCGGUGUCUCCCCCUCACAGGAAGCUGGUCCUCGAGUCCAGGUUCAGGACCCCGCAUCAGUCCACUCCCAGGUUUAUAGCUCAGCCUGUUCUCUCAGCGGCACUGAUUGAAGACAUAUCCCCGAAGAACCUGGGAGGUGCUUUUGACGCGGUGCUCGACUCUCGUAACUUGGCGAACGACUCUCGUAGCGCGAGUCCAACUCCGUCGCUAGUCAGCAACAGCUCCAUGUCCGGCCGCCAGCUGUGCAACGGCGUCACUAAAACGGGGAAACCCUGUAAGAAGAGAGCCGUCCUGGGACAGGAGUUCUGCCGAGUCCACGAGGGAGGACACAGCUCCUACGUUCAGUCCUGAAAUGUUCCACUUUUAAACAUUUAAGCUGAAAUUAACUGUUACUGACUUUGCUUGAAGUUUUUCUAAGCAGCUUCUCCAUUUCUAUAUUAUUUAUACUUUUAUUGCUGUGACUGUGCAUUUUUAAAUAAAUUAUUUCUUUGUAUCACGUUAUUAAACAGAGCAAAAUCUUGACUUUAAUCACCAUUUAUUUUAUUAUUGUCUUUUGUAAAAUAUAAAAACCUACAAUAACCAAGACAAAUCCACCUGUGAUUCCGUUCUUUAAAGAUUCAAGCAGGACAACGAAGACGUAUUACGAGUAGAAAACAUUCAUCUUGCUCCGUGUCUGUUCACCCAGUUUAAAAAUAGUAAAUACCGUAAACUUUCUGUUCAUUAAAUUCAGUGAAUCAAUGCAAAAUCAUUUAGAUUCUAAGUCCCAAACCGUUUUAUGUGGGAUUUAUUUAUGUGGGAUCUGAAUUACUGCAACUUUAAACUGUGCCAGCACCUGAAUUGAUUUGAGGAUUUAAAUGUGGUGAAUAAGACUCGUGUUACAGUGGCUGCAUUUACAUGGACAAUAAUAAUAAACGCCCCAAAAUAUUAACCGCAGCGUAUUUAAAAAAAAAAAAAAAAAAAUUAAAAAAAUCACAAAUCAGCCUGAAAUGUUGAUUCUUUUUCUCCCAAAUUCAACUAAACUGUUUUCAAAGCUGACUUACAUCAGGAGUGACAAAUAUAUGGCUGAUGUGCCAAAACUGGUCCAAUUUGGCCCAUGUGACGAAUUUGCAAAGUGCAAAAACUACCUGAGGCCUUUUAACUGCAAUUUAUCAACAUAAAUAUGGCACCAGUUCCUAAUUAUUUCACGAGUUGCACUGAUUUAUUAGCAGCUGUGGACAUGACACACACUGAGAACCAGCAGAUGGCAGCAAUGAGCUGCAAUUGCAAUUAAUUUUCUCAAAAUAUUGUUGUUUUUUUUUAAUUAAAUGUUUUGUAUGAUGAUAGUUUAUUGAAUGCAUGGGUUAUUUAUUAUUGUCUAGUUAUGUUACUGGUCUGUUUUUCUACCUCCAUGUUUCGGUCCCUCCUGGAAACUCGACCCCACAUGAGACAAAAACUC